AUGGCGCACGAUUCCCACCCGCGCGUGCGCGAGCCGUGCCUUGCCGCGCCCCCGGAUUCUCCGACUCUGUCUUCCCCCAGACGAGACAAGACCCAGCUUGGAACGCUGUCUCUCCGCCAACCGGACCUGACAAGGGGCAGUCAGUCGGACACGGGCACGCAACGACAACGCCACCGCUGCGACCAUCACGGCAGAAAAAGGAACAUUCAUAUCAAAUACUCGAUUGACAGGCUCUACACACAUAGUAGUCACACACUGCCCGACACCCAGCCUACUUCACCACUGGACAAGAGCAAGCUAGGCUCACAGUCUCCCGCAGUGCAUUUCCAUCCGUGUCUCCUCCUCGAUCUUCUUCUAGGAGCAAGUGGCGGGAUCCUGCUGAUCGAUCGGCUUCCGACGGUUGAUCUUGACCGUGCACUUGUUGAAAAACUUAUGGCACUGCGAUCCGCAAAGUCAGCGCCGGUCACACGCCAACAACAUCUCAUAUGCGAGAACCCUCGUAGAAAGGGGCGGGAGGGGGGCGAUCACUCACCUGUGCGUUUGCCUUGCACGGCACCUCGUACUUGA